AUGAUUGGUGAAACAAAGCAAAGGGCUAUCCGACGAUUUCUUCAAAUCGAAAAGCGUUUGGAUCAGGAUCCGAAUCUGCGCCAACAAUACGCGGACUUUAUGCAGGAGUAUUUGGAACUUGGGCAUAUGAAAUGCAUCGGUGCGGCCGACGAUUCCACUUUGGAUGUUGGCAAAACGAUUCGUGUCCAUGAGGAUGACACUCCACUUCAACGGAUCUUGUGGCGCUUCAGCAAAUCGGAACCUCUCCAAGUUUUCGAGUUGUUGACGGUCACUUAUGGAUUGGCUCCAUCGUCAUUCCUUGCUACUCGGGUGCGGAAACAGCUAGCUCUAGACUCCGAUCGAAAUUACAGGCUCGCUAGUGACGCAGUACAGGAAGACUUCUAUAUGGACGAUUUUAUAUCUGGCGCUAAAUUAAUAGAUGAAGCAAUCGAACUGCAAGGUGAAACACAAGCUUUGAUGGCCGAGGGAGGCUUGGAAUUAAGAAAGUGGUGCUCCAACAAGGCAGAAGUACUACGGAACAUUCCUGCUGAAUCACUAGGAGGAGAAUCGACACUGCACUUCGACAACCAGCAAAGGAUCAAGACUCUUGGAGUUGGAUGGGAGACUGGACCGGAUCAAUUUUGCAUCGAGAUACAAUCGGCUGUCGAACCGGAAAGGAUAACCAAGCGAAACAUUUUCUCAGCAAUAGCGAAGCUCUACGACCCGCUUGGAUUAGUGUCUCCCGUCGUAGCGUGGGCUAAAAUCCGUAUGCAACAGCUUUGGGUAAUGAAUGCUGCGUGGGACGAUCCAGUACCGGAUGACAUCAAGGUCAAGUGGAAUGAGUUCUCAUCACAGCUGCUAUAUCUCGAAGAGUACAAGGUUCCCCGUUACCUCUUCCUGUCUGAUUCUUCAUCAGUUCAGUUUCACGUGUUCUCGGACGCAUCAGAAGCAGGAUAUGGCGCGUGCAUUUAUGCACGUUCUACUGGCAUGGAAGGAAACGUAAAAAUUGAACUCAUCGCUGCAAAGUCAAGAGUUGCUCCAUUGAAACGAAUCACACUACCACGGCUCGAACUCUGCGCUGCACUACUAGGAGCUAAACUGUACACAAAGAUAUCUACAGCGUUGCGGAUGGAAAGCACUCUAUGGAACAGAACUUCAGAAAUACAGAAGCUAACCCACGAUCAUUCUUGGAAUCACGUCAGCGGCAUCGACAAUCCAGCAGAUCACAUUUCCAGAGGAAUGUUACCCAAAGAAUUUAUCGCUAGCACCAACUGGCGGAAUGGACCACCAUGGUUAGCCCAGAGGGAAGAUAGUUGGCCUAAAUCGUCGAGUGAAGUCCCAUCAGAAGAUCUAUUGGAACGGCGAAAAACGGUGCUUCUGCUGCAGACGCACUACUUCUCCGCUUCAAGAACCGCUGUCAACGAAGGGCUGAUCAUCCUCAACCUACAUCCACCUCGAUUCGUGAACUAG